GAGACUGACUCACUUCUGGAGCCAGCCUCAGGUGGAUGCAUGCUGUCCUGUGUGAUCAUCUCUUACGUUUCUGUUCGAUCUAUACUGUAAAUCCACGUCCUCUCGUUCCUCUCGUUCCUCUCGUUCCUCCCCCUCUCCAGCUCUCUCUCUCUCCAUGUGACUGACACAGAGAGUCAAAGUGCCUCCUUCGUCAGUCUGCUCUCAGUCAGUAGGUCGGUGGUUCUCAGUCAGUCUCGUCUGUCAGUUCCAGUUUUUUCUCUCUCCGCGCGGUCGUUCUGCGUCUUUACGCGCGGAUCCUCCCGUUGCGCGCCCGCUCCCUCCAUCCUGAUCCUGAUCCCUCCAUCCUGAUCCCUCUCCUCCUCUGUGGAUAUUCCCGCUCCAGCAGCAGCGAUGGACGACGACUUCCUCUCCGACUUAGCCGGAGACUCCGAGGCUCUUAGCCCAAACUCCACCGAGGAGCCCGGCUGGUGGGCGUCCUCGGACGGCGGGGAGACGGUUCACUUCGCCGUGCGCUGCGUCAUGACUUCGGUGUACAUCCUGAUCAUCACCGUGGGUCUGCUGGGUAACAUCACCCUGGUGAAGAUCUUCAUCACCAACAGCGCCAUGCGCAGCGUGCCCAACAUCUUCAUCUCCAGCCUGGCGGCGGGAGACCUGCUGCUGCUGGUCACCUGCGUGCCGGUGGACGCGUUCCGGUACUUCUCCGUGGAGUGGGUGUUCGGCGAGGCGGCGUGCAAACUCAUCCCCGUCAUCCAGCUCACAUCGGUCGGCGUGUCCGUGUUCACACUGACGGCGCUCAGCGCGGACAGGUAUAAGGCCAUUGUGAACCCGAUGGACAUCCAGACGUCCAGCGCCGUCUUCUGGACGUGUCUGAAAGCUGUUUCGAUCUGGCUGCUGUCCGUCCUGCUGGCCGUCCCCGAGGCCAUCUUCUCACAAGUCGUCUCCAUGCAGGGUCACAGAGACAACGUCACCUUUGUGAACUGCGUGCCGUACCCGUUGUCCAAUCAGAUGCAUCCGAAGAUCCACUCUGUGAUGAUCUUCCUGGUGUACUUCCUGGUUCCUCUCGCCAUCAUCUCGGUGUAUUAUUACCACAUCGCCCGCACGCUCAUCAAGAGCGCCCACGACAUGCCGGGCGAGGUCAGCGAACACACCAAGAGACAGAUGGAGACGAGGAAGCGUCUGGCCAAGAUCGUGUUGGUGUUCGUGGGUCUGUUCGCCCUGUGCUGGUUCCCCAACCACGUUCUCUACAUGUACCGCUCCUUCCACUACCACCAGAUGGAUCUGUCACUGGCUCAUCUCGUCAUCACCCUGCUGGCCAGAGUCCUCAGCUUCUCCUCAUCCUGCGUCAACCCGUUCGCCCUCUACCUGCUCAGCGAGAGCUUCCGAAGACACUUCAACAGUCAGCUGCGAUGUGGUCGAGGUCCCCGCCCCGAGCGCCAGGCCAGCUACCUGCACAGCACCUCCCACAUCCGACUCACCUCCAUCAAGAAGACCACGCCCACCGCCGCCAUCAACCCUCCAGCAGCUAACGGCAACUCCAGCAGACAGGAAGUGGCUCUGUGAAAGUCUGCCAUGAGUUUCAGUUUCCCCUCAUCUCAGCAGUUCUGCAAACACAGGACUCCUGCAGCUCUGAAAGCUGGAGAGGUAUUGUGGUGCAAAGUGUGGACUGUGUGGACUGGUCGAGGAAACUUUACACGUCUUAGAUCCAUUGACUGAGUUUCUCCAUCAUCUGAAAAUCAAACAAAAAGUGCCUCUUGGAAAUACAAGGUCAGACAUUGAAAACACUUCACUUUUCUACAGCCACAGUUCUCCAGAUACUGUUUGCUAAAAGUAUAUAGGAAAGGUGUUGGAGGAGGUUAAACUUUCACAAAAAGAAAAGAAAGAGGACAGACAGUCCUGUUGACAGCAUGGUUACUGCACGAGCAUGUCUGCUGUGAAAGCUUGUUUCUUGUGCUAAGUUGCUGGAAUGUGCAUCGUUGAUUGAUCUAAACAGCCAUUUUUAUCAGACAUGGAGCGACGUCCCCAGAGACAGGAGUGAGUCGUCCUCGAAUCCAAGGACAUUUCGGCAAAUGCUUGGACCCACUGAAAGAUUUUGAGUUGUGGGUUGGUCGCUCUCUGAUCUCCUGCUACGACUAUUUGGGGGAUUCAUGAAAAUGCAUUUGUAGCAGUUAAUACAACCAGAAGCCUUGUAAACUGUCUCAGCCCGCGUGGAGGAAAACCUCUUUGGUCAAUGUUUGCUUUGU